UUAUAUAACUCACCGUAGGAGACGUGAAACAACUCUCUUCAUCUGCUGAAGCACAGACGGCUGAUUGGUGUGUUCUCUCAGGAAUGGAAUCUACCAUCAGUCUCCUGUCUGAGAAGCACUUCCUGUGCUCUCUGUGCGAGGAGAUCUUCUGCAACCCGGUAACAACGCCCUGCGGUCACAGCUUCUGUAAAGCAUGUCUCCGUGUUUACUGGAGCCGCAGCGGGUCAGACGAGUGUCCGCUCUGUAGGAGGGCUUUCGGCUCCAGACCCCACAUCAGCGUCAACCGCAUACUGGCGGACGUCACCGAAAACUACAGGAAGACACGUUUGGCCGCGAAAUCCAAGUUCUUCAGUAUGGAUGAACUCCAAGACGAGCCUAAAGAUGCAGGAGAGGUGCAGCAAAUGAUUCAAGAAAGAGUUCAAAAGAUUGAGAAACUUCAGAAUUCCUUAAAGUUCCUAAAGAGCACAUGUCUUCGGGAGGUUCAGGAGAGUCAAAGGGUGUUUUCUUUUCUGCUGAGCAGCUUAGAGAACAGCCAUAAACUGGUAGUGGCUGCUGUUGAGCAGAAACAAAAAGAGGCGGAGAAAAGAGUGGAAAGACUUGUAAAAGACCUGGAGAAAGAAAUCCUGCAACUGGAAAAUGGACACACCAACCCCGAGCACCUGAAUGACAAGGAGCGUCUUAAAAAGAGCUUCGGUGAAAUACCUAGAGCGAUGAGAGACUGGUCUAAAGUCACGCUGGAGACUGAUCCUUGCGUUGGCUUCACCAGACAGGCUGUGGUGGACUUCAUGGAUACCGUCACGGUGGAAUCUAAAAGGCUUUCUAAAGCCGAACUGAAGAGACUGCAGAAGUACUCAGUCGAUGUGAAUCUGAAUCCCCGGACAGCCCACGCUUACCUCUACAUCUCCGAGGACAGGAAGGAGGUUAGGCAUGCCAAUAAGCGACAAGAGGUCCCAGAAAACCCCAAAAGGUUCGACCGGGUGGCUAACGUAAUGUCCAAGGAAGCCUUCAGCCGUGGAAAGCACCUCUGGGAUGUGGAGGUUGGAGACAAGACUGACUGGGAUCUGGGAGUGGCCAAGCAAUCUGUCAACCGAAAAGGAAAAUUCACAAUUUGUCCAGCCAACGGAUUCUGGAUGCUCAGCUUAAAGAACGGCACUCAGUACAUCGCUAGCACCUCACCUCCCACUUUCUUCAGCCUCGGUCACAAGCCUAAGAGGCUGUCUGUUUACCUGGAUAUUGAUGGGGGACGUGUGUCUUUCUAUUGUUUGGACACCGGGACUCAUAUCUACACUUUCAAAGAUACUUUCACAGAUAGGCUCCACCCCAUCUUCAGCCCGGGACGACCCCACGGGGAAAAGAACACUGCUCCUCUUAUCAUCAGCAGCAGCUGCUGCAGCAUCUGAAGCAAUAUGCUAGCUCUUACUGCCCCUUAGCAUUGCCAUCGUAGGAUGCAAUUAAUUAUAUUAUUAUUAUUGCAAAAAUUACUUUUUAUUUAUUACUGGUGCUUGAUUAAAAAAAAAAAGUAUGUUAUUUUUUAUUGCUACGCUGCAAACAAGAAUGAUACCUCAAACUGUUUUUUUUCAGGAGAGGUGGGAUGUUUUUUUGUGAGGUUAGACGAGCUGAUAAGUAUAAAAAGAAGUACAAUUAUAAAAUAUAUAUUCUAAAAAUGCAUGCCUGUCAAAUAAUAUAAUAUUAAUGAAAAAGGCAACAUAGUUUAAGUUUCAUGAUUACGCUUUUUAAAAAGUGUCAAAUCACGACAAAUUAAAUGUUUAACUUUAAAGUACAUUUUAAGUGAUCGUUUUAUAUCUUUUGUCAAGUACACUUAUUUUGAUGUGCUGACUAACAUACUAAAGCACUUGAUUAUAAUUUACAUUUUUAUGUUAUUUGAUAUUACUUUUAAAAAUAAUAUAUUUUAAAAUGUACUAAAUUGCUUUCAAACGUGCGAAUGCAAAUAUGUUUAAAUGCAAUAGAAAUGACAUUAAAGUACAUUUAGCUUACCAUAACUGAUAUUUAUUGUGCUCGGCGGUACACUUUAACCAUAUUUAAAAGAUGAUAAUUAUGAAACUAUAUAGCUACAGUAUGAAGAUACUGUAAAAAAAAAAAAGAGCCCUAAUUAAGUCGGUCAACUAAAUGCGUUUAAUAUUAAUUUAAAUUAUAAUAAAUGUUCAUUUAAAUUUAAGUAACAGUCAUUUCAUUGUUAAAAUCUUUUUUAAUGGUAUGCUAAGUGUACUUCUUUCUCAGAAGGGGCACUAGAAACAGAAACAAUCACUUUAGCAACCCACAACACUGCAUCAUGGUGGUCACAUUUUGUUAUCAUUACAAUAUGUAAAGUUUAUGAUAAUCCAAUUACGAUCAUAUCAGCUCGUAAUUCAAAUGAACAACACUGUCUUACCCAAACCUUUAAAAAUGUAGAAGUUGUACUUUCUUACUUAUUUAUUUCCUUAUUUAUAACUAUGCCAUUGUCACGAGACAUGAAAGUAAGACGCAGCUAGCAUUCGCUCUGUGAACUUUUAUGAAAGCAAAGUUGAAUGAAAGGUAGUAAGAAACGCCAGAAUUCACUUCAAGGAAAAAAGAAGGCGAGGGAUGAAAAAGAGCACUAGAUGGACGGCUUGGGUUGGGGAUG